UAUUUAUUUAUUUUUUUUUCUUUAGCAUCAUAUAAAUUUGAAAACAAUUUAUUAUAAUUAAUUAAUAAUAAAGCAACUUAACCACUCGAUUGGUGGAAAAACAGAUAAUAUUGCGUUUGUGUCUGUGUGUGUGCAUGCGUGCGUGCCUAUGUGUAUAUAAAUAUAUUUAAUAAUUGUGUGAUCGUUAAAGUGCCAUUAAAAAACAUUGAUAAUGUCGGAUCAACGACAACUUGAUCUUGAAAGGGAGUUUUCAAGUCUUUGUCCUGAAGACUCUUUUAAGACGAAAGAACUAAGUCCUAGCGAGCUAAAAUUUCAUUCUAUGGCUCUCAAUCAUCCAAACACUACUGGCUGGAACGUGCAAUCAUCGUCCGAAGUUAGUCCGGAUGGACGUGCUUUUCGUGCCGAAACUGUAGCAAAAACCGAUGGAAUGGAAAAAAUUGAUGGCGGUAAAGUAGAAUUUAAGGGCCACAACGAACAAUGCUCGAGUGGCUCACAUCAGGGAGAUGAUAAGAAUUUCGUAAAAAAAUCAGCAGAAAGUUCGAAAACCCAUUUAGAAGAAAAAGUAGUUACAGGCGAUGAAAAUUCACGGCGCUCGGAAGUACGAAUGAGUUCAACCACUUCUUCAUCGUCGUCUAAAGUAGUUCAGUCGUCUUCGACGACGGACUAUGAUAAUGAAAAUUUUUCUGAUAAUUCCAAAUACUUUGAUGACUUGAAGCGUGAUCAAUCCCGAAAAGCGCAAUCUUAUCAACAAGAAAUUAAACAAAAUCAACAAAGCGAUAUAAAGCAAAAUCACCAAGUUGUUGAUCAACGUCGCAGAGAAACCGAACAACAUAUCAAUAAUCGCCAAGAGCGAAGUGUACAUAACUCCGUGCAAGCCCAUGAAACGCGCGAGGUUAGCAAGAAUUAUGUUGACAUGGACAAAGCUUCACCUGAGUACCAGAGACAUGUUCAAUAUCUAAUGUCGCAACCAGGUGAAGUAGUUUCAAAUACGGUAGAAUAUAUUAAGCCGAAUGUGAAAAUGAUCACCACUGUAAAACAUUUGCCGGAUGGAACUAUUGUUCGCAGUAAACGGUACGAAACCGAGGAAGUAAAUUCGUCAGGAUCUAAUCAUGGCAACGUUCAAACACCCACACGUCCGGAUAAAGUAGAAAAACCUAUAGGCAGUACGCGACGUCCUAGCGCAGAUGUUGUUGACAACUUUUCAAAUGCGCCCCGUUCAAUUGAUUUGCAAUCGCAAGAAGCCAAAUUUUCCACGGUAAAAAAAUCGCAUCAAAAAUUCUCUACUGAAAGUAAAUCUCAGACAAUUCACGAAAGUAAGGAGCGCUCUGAUGUACCAGAAUCUUCUGUAAGGCACUUUCAUCCAGAGAGUUCACGUCAGCCAUCAACUGAUUCAAGUACUCCUCAAAUGGAAAUGCCUCCUCGUUUCAAAAAUACUGUGGAGUAUACUGAACCGAUUUAUCAAGAAAAGCAGCCUCUUAAUUCUCAGGAUACUAAACAAAACAUAAAAGAACUCCACGUUCCUACCGAAGAGGGCGAAACGAUUAUUGUUACAUCUGAAAAGCGACGAGACGUGAAGCAACAAUCAAAAGCAGAGAGAAUCGUUGAGACGGAAGUAAUAAUAGAUGAAGCGCAUCAACAAAAUGAGCGUUAUCGGCAAAUCGCAAAUAGGCCGUCAGAACAUCCUAAUUCACCGCAAUAUACAAUGUCAAAAGCUCAACCCAAUAUAUCUCCCAGAUCUCAUAAAGUAAGAGAGCAGCCAGAACCAAUCAUUCCACAUUCUUCGGUCCAUGUUGAUGAUAAUGUUUCAAUUGCUAGUUCGGAGAAAUUAUACACAAAUAAACGUAAUUUUACUUCCGAAUUUGAAAUUACACCGUCUCUAACACCCAGUUCAGCAGAGCCAGUGGUUACUGAUAAUUGGAAAGCUCCUGUGACAAGUCAGGGCUCACGAAAUAUUCCAGUUAUUGAGAGGGAUAUUCCUAAUGAUGGUUCUCAGAAACAGCCUACAAUGAGAGACACAAAACCUACACCAUCAACUUCGCCAGUAAAAAAGCCAGGUAGCACAACUGCUGAAGCAACACGAAAUAUAAUUCAAAAGGAAAAAGAACUAGAUGCCGCCCAUCGGGCUUUUGCCGCCUCUUUGCGUGGCCCAUCGGCGGUCGAUUCCAGGCGCGAGAGCUAUUCUGAUACACAAAAACAUACGCCUCGUUCAAGCAUCUCUUCGAACAAAACCUUUCGACGCGAUAUGCGUGAAGGUUCAAAUGAUAGCACAGCGCCCUCGGAUCAUAGCCGCAUUACAACAAAUACUGUGACUAAACCAACAUCCUCACGGCAUACACCUACCAAGCAUACAGUACAUACGACAAAGAAAGACCAUUAUUUAGACGAUACAAAUGACGUAACGUACUCGCCUCGUAAUACGAAAUCUCCGUCUCCUAGUAAAAGUGUUACAUCGACGAGUAGUGCAACCAGGAUGAGUAAAACUAUACCGAGAGAUGUGCCAAAACCAGAUAACCAGAGUUCUAAGCCUGUCAACUCCAUAUUUCUUUCUAUUAACGUUCCACUAACUUCUCUUUCAAAAUCUGCAAUCAAAUCUGACAACUUUGCCAUACAUCCACGUCUCUCACAAAGUGAUGCUAUUGAGGAGCCAUGCAUUAAAAAAUCGUAUUAUCUUCUUGGUCCGUCCGAUUCAUUGGCUACACAACAAACAGCGGAGAAGCCAUCAAGCACAACAUCUGCACUAAAUAGUAGAGUACGCACUAAUUCGAAAACUAAGAUUCCGUUUGACAAUGAUAACCCAGCAGAAUUUCAUAGUCAGCCAUUAUCUGAACCACCUCGAAAAACCACACCUAAUGAUAAGACUUUAAGCAAACAUAUUUUGAGCGCUGAACCUAAAACUCCUGUGAGCGACAUUGAAACACUUUCAAUUACUUCUACUGACUUUAAACAUGAUCGCAAGGUAUCGCCACAAAUAUCCGAAUACGGGGUUCCUGAAUUCCAAAUUAUGAACGAAGAUGUCGAUUCAUCUCCGCAAAUGUACACGAAAAUGCGUACCAGAAAGUCGAUGACACCUUCGGACAAGACUUCCGACAAUUAUAAAGUAAGCGCGGUCGAAUCACCUAAAGCGAGUCCUAACAAGCCACGUCAGACCUCAGGUAAUAUGACCCCAAAUAAAUCUAUAAACCAAAAACCAUCUGCAGAGAAUUGUCAAAAAAACGGUACCAUUCGGAAUCAAAGGAAUGACAAAUCAAACCCACAAUCAUCCCCGAAAAAGGUUGCGCAAAUUACAAAUAAGAAAACUUCCUCCCCUAAGGAAAAUUUAUCUUCAAGUAGUAGUAAGUACAUACGAAAUGAGAAGCAGGAGAAAUUUACCAAUCAAACGAUCAUUAAGAAACCCUUAAGAAAACCGGAUUCGUACAAUGCAGAAAUCGCAAUAAUGUCAAAUGAGACGCCUUCUAAAACGAAAGGAUUACGGACUCCCGCAAAUCGAAAAAGUCCUGAACACCAUUUUCAAAAUGGAAUCAAUCAGAAACCUUUAUCGAAUGGUAACGAAAAGGUACCUAAAGAAAAAUAUCCAUCUGAUCAAUUUGAACAAAUUGACCAGCAAUCAUUGUCAGAGGAAACACUACUGGUUGAUGAAUACGAAGUAACUGGUAGGAUACACGAAACUCCUGAAGCCCAAGAUAAUUACUACGAUAGACAAGGUUUUAACAGAGAGUUUCAGGAUUUUGACAAAUAUUCCGAUUCAAAUCUUUCAGAUAGAGAAAAAUCACCUAAAUUUUCCGAAUCAACUAAAACGUUCAGAUCUGCAAACAUUUCGAAAAAUAUUGAAAAUUCAAAAUUUAUAAAUCAAGAACGAUUUUUAACGGAUGUAACACAUGACAACGAUCAAACAAUGAACUUAAAAAAAAUUGACAAUAAAUCGUUAUCUUACACUCAGCCAGAAAUUGACUCAUAUCGCAGUAAAGAACCUUCGCCAAAAAAAGAUACUGAAAAUAUACAAAUAAGUUCUCAUCAAAUAAAACUAACUGGAUCUACUGAUCGUAAUAAGAAAGAAGACAGUAGUGAAAAAUCAAUUAAGACCACCGUCAAGGACGAUAGGACACAUGAAGAUAAAUCUUCAUAUAUGAAGAAACCUGACGAAACGCAUGAAUAUUUGGAAAACGAAAAGGAAACUUUUAAUCUCCCUAAAACUCAAACACGAUCGCCAAUCCCACAAGAAAAACCAAAAAUUUGCAAAAUGGACACCGACUUUACCCAAAAGACGCCCGUAGAACCUUCAGGGCAAACGUCGAUGGAAUAUAAAUUCUAUCACGAUGCGGAUAACAUCAAGAGGCCAACAUCUAAACCAACAGAGAAAGCUACAAAUGAACAAUACACAGAUGAUGAAGAUGGGAAUAAUUUAAAAGAUAAUUCCACUAAGCCGACUACCUUAAAAACAAAUCUCACUACAACUGAGGAAUUGCCUAAAUAUAAAAAACCAGAUACAGUUUCCUCUUCUGUAAUAAAAAUGAUAGAAACUUUUGAAACUUCAGCCGGAUCAACGAAAUAUGACAAUGAUAUAAAAAAUAAUCAUGAAAAAGUACAGAAGCAGCCAUUUGUUAAUAAUUUGGAAAUAGAGGGAAAUUCGGGCGAGCAGGUUCCCUUAGAGGAAGCGGCUGACGGUCUUCUUUUAUCAAAAGCUUCAGAACCUUCAAAUUCAAUUCAGCAUAAGUCGAACUUUCGAAAGAAAGGUGUGAGUCACAGAGAAACUUUCGAAGAAAGAUGCCGUCAGAUAUUAGGUAUGGAGGAUUAUGGCACUGUACAUGGAACAUUUAAAAAUCGUUCGCGACCCAGUACUGAGCCUGGAGAUGAUAUGGACGAUAAAAACUUGGAGUUGGAAAUAAAUCUUGUGGAUAGUGUUCAUGAUGAUGAUAACCGAGAAAAGUAUCCAAAGCCAUCAGUUGAAAAGGACUUCAAACCAAGUGAGAUGAAUGCCGCUGAUUACAAAACUGGAGCUCGAGUUCCCUUUGAAACCGAUAGGCUUAGUAAAAGAAAAUCUCUUGACUCACAAGUACGAGAAACCGAAUCUCCUGAUAAUUCUUGUGAGAAUACCGAUGAUAGCGAAUAUGGGGGACAAAAGAAAACACUGGAUUACGAAAAAACACCUGAAAACUCUAAUUACUAUAAUAAAACUGAACAGAAGGCAGAGAUAUCCCCAAAACAAGUAAGUCGCAAGUCUCACAUUAUAACAUCCCGGAAGAAUAAAAUCGAUAAACCUUCGAAAACUCUGGCUUCGCCUUCAAAGACGCCUAAAUCUACAAAAAAUGUCUCAGUAAUGAAACCUGUUCGCUCAACAGAACAAGUUACACAUAUCGAUGUACCCUCAAAAACCGAUGAUGUAGAUAAUGGUUUACCAGAUCCAGAUUGUGAAAGUUAUUUAUCACGACGAAGGUCAAGCAAUAUUUCGGUUAAUACGGAAAUAAUCAUAGAUCAUACCGCUCCAAAUAUGUCUACUGAUGGUGGCGUAAAAGGACCUCAAACAUUAAAUAGACACGAUUCUAAAAAUACUAAUUCAUGCACUUUAAAAGAAAAAAUCGCUCAAAGAAAUCUCAUAACCGAACGAAAAGAUUCGGCUCCUGUAAAUAGGGUAACACGUAGUUUAAAAGAUUUAAAAGUGUCACGUUCGUCAAGUGAAAAAAUAAUUAAAAUUACAGGGAAGCCAUCGGAAAAGACAGCACCGACGGUAUCAUCCGAGCGUAGGCCGAAAAAAUGUUUCGCUACCAAAACUAUUAAUUUAGCUUCGGAGGAUCGAUUGUCACUUAGUAGCAAGGACAUGGAAAACGUUAUUAUUGAUAUUCAACAUGCGAAAAGCUCACGUGAAGCAUCACCCGAUAAAAUUGUUCCUACUCCUGUUCCGACUGAAUUAGAUGUCGGCAAACCGAGAUAUCCUGAUUUAGUUCAGGAACCAGAGGAUGAACCGCGAAACAAAUCUAUUGAAAAGAAUAUUCCCAUUUUUGAAGAAGAGACCAAUGCAUACGUGAGAUGUCACGUAUCUGAAGUAUAUUUACAAAAUCAAACUAACGUUACCGACAGCCAUUUCAUGGAUAUCCCAUAUGAACCGGACAAUUCCCCAUCAAUUGUUAUGACAGAUGACGAUGAAUGUUUAUUGACUGUGCAAGAAAAAGUGUCCAAAUUUUCACAAGCUUCGGAGGAAAUUCGAAAACCGAAAUCGAUAUCAAAGCCAUAUAAUAAAACCGCUAAUGCUUCAAAAGUAGACAAAACUGACGAUAAGGAAUUUUUCGUGAGUCAUGACAAAAGAAACCUUGACUCUGCACCUGUAACAGAGGGAUCUACUUUUGAAACUUUGAACAUAAACGCUAAUAUCUCUGACGGCGUAUUACGCGAGCUAAGUACUACGGUGAAACUGGCUCCCUCAACUCCACAAAAAUCUCCAGAACUUGUACGACAUAUAUCGAAACAUAUGACAACCUCUUAUCAAGCAGAAGAAGAUUUAGAAGAAAUUGAAAGUAAUUCCAAGAAGUCGGUUCACGUUACUAAAAAUUUGGUUCCACAAAAAUUGGAAAAGUUUUCCCCUGAUGAUCUUAAGGACAAAAUGAUACCUCAUACUGCAAGUCAUACCACUGAUAUUGAAAUGCGUCGUCAGAAUGACAUAUUAAGUAGGCCAUCUGUUUUCCAAGCUAGAUUGGCUCCACGUCCAAAUUCCAUGCCAGUACCCACAGAAGCACGGACAUCACAAAUUGCUCGACAUGUUGUAGACGAUAUUGAAAGCGAUUACAAACGACAUAUUGGUGGCAAACCGGUUUCUAAAGAUGCUGAACCAAAAGAGAAACUUGGUCAAGUACAUUUAACACAUAAGACGCCGAAGUCACCGAGCCCAACGAAGCAGAAUUUUCCAACAGAUGUUUCAUUUAAGCAUCAACAAUCUAUUGAAACGAAAGUCUCAUCCAGUAGCAUUAACCAAUCUUUGAAAAAAUCCGAAACACCAGGGAACCAAGUAACCGAUUAUCCUAAUGUUAGUUCCACUCACCCUCAACAUUCCGAUGCCGAUAUAUCGGCUAAAAUGGUUUUAGAUACCGCAAAACCAGUCCCCAAAUAUACUAACGGGUCUGUAACAUCACGACGUAACAUAUUCGAAAACCAUAUAACAAUGAGCAAGACUAACAAAAAACUAGAUUCCUCUGCUCCUUUGUUUGCAGGAAAGCGUCCCUCUUAUAUGGAUCACACGAAAAGUUCCUUGGAACAUACUCGUCGUGACUCUCUUGAAGUUAAUAAAUCGAAUUUUUUGAGAAAACCUUCUCGUGACGACGAAACUCAUACACAAAAUGAACGUGCCACGUCAGUCAAGUUUGAUAUACCGCAAGCCGUUGGCAAAGCUAUCAAUCUUACAGGUGACGUUGGCGAAGAAGUAAAUGUUGAAGAAAUAUUCGACAUUAAUGUACUUGAGCAAAUGUUGGAGGAGUCGACUUCAUAUGAGCUGAGGCGCCGAAUUCGAGCUCAAAUACGUUUACUUAGGAAAGACUCAACGAACGACGAGAAUUAUAAAACGAACUCCCAUAUUACGAGCUUUGAACAGUCGGAUAAAGAAUUCGGGGAUAGCAGAAUCGAAUCCGAACGUAGUCACAGUCCGAAGCAUAAAAUGAUAAGAAGUGACCUGAAAAAAGAAAUACGACAGGAAACGGAUUCCCAAACAGUUGUUGGAAAAGUAAAGUCGUUUACAUUCGAGACAGUCGAUUCGAAUGAUGUAGAAGUAUCGAAAUCUUUGAAAAAUCCCAAAUAUUCAUCCCCGCAUAUAAGUUCAAACGUUAAGAAGACUUAUCCUAGCCAAUCUCCUGAUAGCAGUCCUGAUCGUCGCAAUUCGCGAAAGACGCACGAGGUAUGCACAAGUUCACAAAGAAGAUCACCAUCACCAAAAUCACCUGAAAGAAGAUUUGAUGACAAAAGUUUACGCGAAUUUCAAUUAGAGUCACAAAGAAUGAAAGAGAGCAACGUUAGUACAUAUUCAAGGUCACAACAUAAUAAAUCAUCUGAAAUUGAUGCUGAUCGACAUUCACGUGAGCCUAUGCAAAAACAUCAAAAAAUGCAGCAAGGAAACGUUAGUCCGCGCUCAGGAACUCAACGUAAUAGAUAUUCUGAGAGAAAACUGGACGGUUGCAACUCAAAUCAUGUUAGCAUAGAAGCACAAAAAUUAAGUGAAAAAAAUUUUACUUCAGAGUCCCGAUCCCAAUUGAAGAAGCAGUCUCAACACAGUCAUAAUGGUUAUGAUUCGUAUGACUCUGCUUCGGAAAUGAAAGACAGAAGCAUUAGCCCAGAAUCACGAUCACUGACCAGGAAAUUAUCUGAACGUAACUCUGAUUACCAGCAAACACAUAGUUGCACUUUGGAAUGUCAAAAAAUUGCACAGAGCAAUGUCUGUCCGCAAUUGACAAUUCAGUCUAAAAGAUCACCUAAACAAAGUCCUGAUCGCAGCAAUAUUCGGGAGGCUACUGCAGACACACGCAAAUUACACGAUAGAAAGGUUAGCUCACAAUCAGAAACGCAAUUUAAAAAGUCACCUGAACGCAGCCCUUCCAGCAGUAAGGCACGAAAAAUUUCACCAUCAGGACCGCAAUCUAAACGAUCACCUGAACGUAGUUCUGACUGCAGUAAGGUUCAAUACGCUUCGCCACCUAAAUCGCAGCCUAUAAAGUCGCGUGAACUUAGUCCUGACCAUAACGAUAGCAAGGCUAACUUAUGGGAACAGAAGAUCAACCGGAGAAAUGUUAGCCCGCCUUCGCGGUCACAGCACCCUCCGAAAGAAAAUCUCUCAUUCGUGCCUGAUCAUUCGGCCAAGGAGGUCAACAUUUCACGUACUGUUAGUCCAGAUGCAAAAAGAGCUGUUACGAUGCGAGAGCAUACUAUUAGUUCGCAACAAAAAAUUCAGCGUGUAAUCAGUGGAAGCCCCGAAAACGUAAGCUCCACGCCAAAAAGCAACGUACGCCAGGAAUACGUAUUGAAAAAAACUGCUAAGCAAAAAUAUGAAACUGAUUCUAAAACUGAUGCUAAAGUGCCAAUUUGGGUGAAUAGGAGUAACGUGCUUAAGCCAAAAGCUUCCAGAAAAUCAACACCAGCGAACGCUGAAGUUCCGACAAUUUAUAAUAAAACUGCGAAAACAACAUUUACACAGAAAGAAAUUUCUACUAAACAGGAGCAGGAUUCAGUAAUAUCAAGUUAUGGAAUUGGUCCGACCGAUGAGAAUGGUUUACCUCUCUUUGGUAUAAAAGCAUUGAAAAAGAAGCCCACUCUUAAACCCAGUGACAUAACUGAAGAAGUCACCGGAUAUGUAAUCGAAGAGAGAAGCUAUUCUGAUAACAAAACAGCACCAAUUAAACAGCGUCAAGAAUUUUAUUAUUCCACAAAUCCAAAUCAGUUGAAGCAACUGACAAAUCAAAUAAGCGAAAAAAAGUCUACAUAUCAAGAUAAUUAUAUACUCAAUAGAAAGGAUGACGAGAAAUCAAUGAAGGAAUUUUCAGGAUCUGCAAAUAUUGCCUAUGUAUCACAUAGCAGGGAAAAUGAGAAAAAUGAUAAAAACUUGUAUAGAGAAACUUCUCCAAAUCUUAAAAAAGAUCGCUCAGAUUUUUAUCAGACAUCGGAAGAAGACAAUUACAAAAUAUCGACUAUGACCACGGAUGACGACGACUCAGAUCCUUAUCAAAUCUAUCAUACAAUUAACGAUAACGAGAGUGCACGGGAAACUGAUGAAAUUCAACAGAUCUUUACAUCGACCACAAAAUCCUUCUUGAAUAGUGAGGAAAAAGUAAUGCACAACGUUAGCGAUGUUUUGGAACUAAUGAAAAAUGCCGAUAAUGUUGUUGAAGAAGGCGAUACGGCCAGUGAUCAAGAGGCUCGAGCUUUACUUAAUAAAUUUUUGGGCGCCAGUAUAAUAAUGAAAGGUGCGGAGGCCGCUACCUCGCAAAUUUACCAGAAAAAUAAUACAACCGACGACAGCAAUCGUUUGGAGCAUCAAGAGGUUAAGAUAAUACGCAAAACGAAAACUAAAACUGGAAACUCUUCGUCAUCAGUUUCUCGUACAACUUGUGAUUUAGAGGAGAUUUGGGACGAAUACAUAUUAAAAGAAUUGUUGGAUCAAGCGAAAACCUAUGAGGAACGUCGCAAAAUACGUGCACGUCUAAGAGAACUUAUGGCUGAACGUGAAGAAAAAAAUUCUCAAUCAGACAAAUUGUCUGAAAGUGAAGUUGAAAAAAAAGUCGUCGUUCAAGAAGAAGAAGAAGAAGAGGAAGAAGACGAAACGAGUGCCAGCGAAUCGGCGAAAGUGAUUGAAGAAAGCUCGGCUGAUAAUAAAAAAAAGGAAACUUCGACAAUAGACUUGAAAAAAGAAAAACAUCAGCAACAACAACAACAACAGGCAACUACAUCUACAACUGCUGAGACAAUAACAGGCACAACAGAUGAUGGUACGGUUGUAACAAGUACAACAAAAGUUACAACACGUACUGUUGCCGGGACCGCGGUUAAGCCUUUGUCACCAUUUGCUAAAUUCAAACAACUCGAUACACAAAACUCACAGCAGCAAACUGUAAAAUAUUCAACAAUAAACAACAAAAACAACAAACAGCAACAACAACAACGGGGUGAAAGUACAGUCUCGCCUACAACAACGGUUGGUAAUAAUGCACCGAUAUUUCAAUUUACUGAUCCAGCUCUAAAUGCAAGGGCUGCUACGGUUAAGGAGCAACUUUUGCAGUGGUGUCAGUCAAAAACAAUGGAAUAUGAGAACGUUCAAAUAACUAACUUUAGUACGAGCUGGUCCGACGGUUUAGCAUUUUGUGCCCUUAUACAUCAUUUUCUGCCAGGCGCCUUUGACUAUAACCAACUAACACCACAAAAUAGGAGAAAGAAUUUCGAACUAGCUUUCACCGUUGCCGACGAGAAGGCCGGCAUUGCACCACUACUGGAUGUAGAAGAUAUGGUUGCAAUGAAACGUCCCGAUUGGAAAUGUGUCUUUGUUUACGUGCAAAGCGUUUAUCGUCGUUUUCGUAAUUGUCAAUAGAAAUAAUUCGAAAAAAAAAAAGAAAAUAAACUUCAAACUGCAAGAAAAAAAAAGAAACAAAAGAACGGGAAAGAAAAACAUCCAACAAAGAUAUCCAUCAACUACGAGUUGACAGCAAUGGUGAACAGUGUCGCCGAGUCGGUGUAAAUCACUUACAACAUAUUUUAGAAUAAAUAAUUUUCCCCUUUUUUGUGCCUAAUAUACAUAUGCAUAACAAAGAUACAUACAUACAUACAUACAUACAUACUGCUAUUACUAACUACAAAAUGCGUUUUGUUUAAAAUAAUUGAUUUAUCUCCUUUCUUUUCUUUUUUUACGUUUUUACUCUUUCUAAUUUAACAUAUUGUGAGCGUAGGAGUUUGAAAUAUUUGUUAUUAUAUCUAUCAUUAUAUAUGCAUCUAUAUCUGAAUAUUGUUUAAAGAUCAUAUUAAAAACUAUAUACUGAUAUGCAUAAAUACUAAAUAAUCUUUAAUACUUUUUUAAAACUAAUUUCU